CCGGUUUCCUGAGGAGGGGCGCGUUCUGCCUGACCCGGAAGUGCUCUUCCUUUAGGUGGCAGAGAAAAGAGAUCGUAGAGCGCUUGAGUGUGGAAGUAGCGGUCGUGCACAGUCGUCAGGAUGCAGCGGUUGCUUUUUCCGCCCUUGAAGGCCUUGAUGGGGAGCCAGUGUCUCCGGCUCCUGGUUCCCAGGGCGGCGCCUAGAGCACAGUGUGGUUGCAGCUGUGGCAUCAGGCGCCCUUUGAGGCCAGGGCAGUACAGCACCAUCUCUGAAGUAGCUUUGCAAUCUGGAAAGGGUACAGUGACCCUUCCUUCAAAGGCUGCUGAGCGGGUGGUGGGCCGAUGGCUCCUGGUCUGCAGUGGAACAGUGGCUGGAGCAGUUAUUCUUGGUGGAGUAACUAGGUUAACAGAGUCUGGCCUCUCAAUGGUAGAUUGGCAUUUAAUAAAGGAGAUGAAGCCACCUACAAGCCAAGAGGAAUGGGAAGCAGAAUUCCAAAGAUACCAGCAAUUUCCAGAAUUUAAAAUCUUGAAUCAUGAUAUGACAUUGGCAGAAUUCAAGUUCAUCUGGUACAUGGAGUACUCACACCGAAUGUGGGGUCGCCUUGUAGGCCUCGCAUACAUCCUGCCUGCUGCCUACUUUUGGAGAAAGGGCUGGCUCAGUCGUAGCAUGAAAGGACGUGUUCUUGCCCUCUGUGGCUUAGUCUGCUUCCAGGGUCUGUUGGGAUGGUAUAUGGUGAAAAGUGGAUUAGAAGAAAAACCAGACUCUCACGACAUCCCUCGGGUCAGCCAGUAUCGCCUUGCUGCCCACCUGGGAUCAGCCCUUGUUCUUUAUUGUGCCAGCUUGUGGACCUCGCUCUCACUACUGCUCCCUCAGCACAAGUUGCCUGAAACCCGUCAACUCCUACGGCUGAGACGAUUUGCUCAUGGAACAGCAGGUCUAGUGUUUCUCACAGCUCUCUCAGGGGCUUUUGUGGCAGGGCUGGAUGCCGGGCUUGUUUACAACUCCUUCCCCAAAAUGGGAGAAUCCUGGAUCCCAGAGGAUCUCUUUACCUUUUCCCCCAUCUUGAGGAAUGUUUUUGAGAAUCCUACUAUGGUGCAGUUUGAUCACCGGAUUCUGGGAAUCACUUCAGUCACUGCCAUUACAGCUCUCUACUUCCUCUCCCGGAGAAUUCCCCUUCCUAGAAGGACCAGGGUGGCAGCAGUGACUCUGCUGGCUGUGGCGUACACACAGGUGGGCCUGGGCAUUAGUACUCUCCUGAUGUAUGUUCCAACUCCUUUGGCUGCCACUCACCAGUCAGGCUCCUUGGCUCUGCUUAGUAGUGCCCUUUGGCUCAUGAAUGAACUCCGAAGAAUCCCAAAAUAAUUCUCAGAGGAUCAGCUUCCUAGGACUGAAACUGUGCUUUUGAUAGUUUAUCAGAGAGCACAAGAACCUGGGCUUUUCUACCAGGAUGGCCUUGGCAUACCAAGAGAUUUCCAAUUGGUCAAGUUAUUUAAAACUCUUUGCCUGUUUUGAGAUAAUCACUGGAUCAAGAAUGGCAUUAAGUAUGGUAACACUAAAAGUUCCUGUUUAAAUCUGUUACUUUUCACAUUGAAAAAGAAAUGUCUGCCAUUUGUGGCUUAAUAGGCUCUAUCUCAGGUUUCUCAGUAUUGGCAGGGUCGUGGUUCUACAUGCAUGAUUUACGUCUCUUUGUUCUCCUCAGUCCUGAAUUCUGCUGAAGUAGAAUUUCUUUAUGAUCUUAAUUUCAUUUCCAUCGGGUGAAGAUUCAAAGGGGGGGAUUGGCACAUACUAAAGUAGCCAGCUAGCCUACAGCAAAAAA